AUGGUCUGGACAAGGGAACACUCGCAAGCCAAGUUUACCUUUGGGUUCAAGACGGAGGAUGGUAGGAGGGAGGUGGUGAGAAUUGAGGUGCCGGUCACGGACUUGACAUAUGUGGUGUCAGAGACCGGGAAGAGUGAGCUGUGUGCUCUGGGAAUUGUUGGCACGGAUGAGCGCAAUGCGGCGCUGGGGACAGUGGUGAUGAAGAAUGGGUGCUGGGUGUUGGAUGCGAGUGAGAUGAAGGUGAGGGUUGCGAGGGGGGUGAAUUGUGGGAGUGAGAUUCUUCAGUGGGAGGAGGGGAAGAGAUACGAGGGGAGAUGUGGGGAGGGAAGGACGGUGGGCGGAGGGCCUAGGAAGAAGAAUGGGGCUAAAGAUGCGUAUGAUGGGGGGUAUCAUGAGUGA